ACAGACAAAUUUAGACCAUACGUACGAGACGAGCCUUCAUUCAUUAUUGCGAGGCGAGGUCGUUCGAUCGAAUUUGUUGUUCGCUAUUGGAAACGAUGCAUUGGCAGUCCCAAAUUUUUGCUGCGAGAUCAAAAUCGCAAUUCAACAGUUUGGAUGUGGACUGACGGCAAGUAUGACGAGAUGGAUGGAAAGAAUUAUUCUGUCUAUUCAAGACACCGCCAUUGUUUCCUCCUCUUCAUUCCUUCUCAUUUGCCUGUUGGCGAUUACGAAGUGACGGUGAAGCAUUCUUGUUCACGAUUUCCCAAACGGUUGGUGCACGUUCAGGUCAUAUUUGACGUUGAACAAAGUUAUAGGAGUGGUGUCCGCAAAAGAGGAGCGGGCGGACUACAACCUUUUGAGAUGGACGAAUAUCUCUACAACGACUUGGGCUACCUGUGGUUGGAAGACUAUGCAAUACGAUGGGACUAUGCUGUCGCUUCAAUGGCGGUGCAAAGAGCAAGAAUUGAGAUAGAAAAGCGUAUGAAUGAGAACGAACGUAGGCAUACACAUCUUUAUGCCCGUGCACUUACUCGUUACGUGGGAGACCCACUAACGCCAGGUAGAGUCUUACAAGGAAGAUGGGAUGGAAUGUAUGACGACGGUACAUCACCAUUUCUUUGGGGUAGCAGCGCGCAGAUAUUUAAUCUCUGGCUACCACACAGAAAUACUGUAAAGUAUGGACAGUGUUGGGUAUUUGCCGCUUUACUUACGAGUCUUCUCAGAUCCAGAGGCAUUCCUGCUAGGACGGUUACCAAUUAUCAAAGUCUUCAUGACCGAGGCUUAGCAGACAACCGCCUAUCAGUUUUAAGACAGUAUGACAAAAUACAACAAUCUGAUGAACUCGUGUGGAACUUUCACGUGUGGUCAGAGGCUUGGAUGGCUCGAUCGGACUUGAAGCAACCAGCAUAUUGGAAUGCAGUAGAUGCAACACCACAGGAGCCUUCACCCUUAGCAGUUGGCAAUCACUACCAAACUGGUCCAGCUUAUGUACCAUACGUCAAGCAAAAUUUACCUCACGAUGUUAACUAUGAUACCAAAUUUGUCACAGCGGAAGUUAAUGGAAGAAGGUGGUGUCCAAUUACUGGCGCAUAUGUUUCGGGUACAAUAGGUCUUAACAUAAUAACUAAGGUACCUGGAAGAGGCGAUGGGGUAUAUUCAUACAACAACCCAUUGUUUAUAACUGGGAAUUACAAACACUUGAUUGGGAAGAGAAGUACAGACAGCAAAAUCCUACUGCCUCCACCUUAUUCUGGAUGUCGUCGAGAAAAUGGCCUCAGACUAUCAGCUAGUCCGGAGAUACCAUCGGUUGGGCAGACAUUCAAUCUCUUUGUUACUCAAGGAAACACGAGCGUGCCAGAGAGUAGUUUGUUAGUGUUGAUGGAACCGAUUGUUUACACAUCACAAUCACUUGGAAUUGUCAGACUGUUCCUGGAGUCUUCAUACAUUACUGUUACCGAGGAUGACUAUCUCCCUUACUUACGAAACACGACAAUCUUUAAGUUCAAGGUGGGCGUGUGCAAUUCAUCUGGCCAUUUUGUGUUUCAUGAUGCUCUUCUUCUUCGCUUGGCGUAUGACAGUUUGAGCAUUCAAGUGACAAGAAAAGAAACCGGUAGUGACUCCGUUGAUUUGGUGGUAACCGUUAGCUUCGACAAUCCGUUCUCAAUUUCUCUUACUGGCGUUCUACUGUCUGUCUUCGCCCCCAGUUUUGACGUCUCUACCGAACAUCUUCGUGACCUUCCACCAGCAACAUCGCUAGCUCACAGUGUGACUGUGGGCUGUGGAUCAACAACGGGCUCAAGAUUUAUAUUAGCAACGCUAGACACAGCAGAGACUUUUAGGUCAGUUAGAGGAUAUGCUACUGUGGACUGUACGGUGACCAAUGGGCGUUAACCCGCAGUGCGCUUCCGUGAGGAGUAAGUAGCCAUGAAGAAGACGUCUUGUUGCUUUCCAUGUUACUUUCCUUUUUGCUCCUCGCUGUAAUUGGACGUAUUGACUGCUGCUGAAUUUUUCGUGACUAUACAAUACUUAAUAGCUCGUAGAUUCUGCGUCUUAGAGUGGGUGUCUUAGCUCAAGUGUUUGUUGUCGCUUUGGCGCUGUUUUUGUAUGUUACAGCAAUGUCGAAGUUUUCGGGUAACAGUUUGACGAUAGAGCAGUUGUCCUACAACCUCAUA